GCUGCAAAUGUCAAUUGGGAGACUAAGGUUUAUUGAACCCCCAAAUUUUAUUUUAUUUUUUUUCUUUGAUCUGCACUUUGUUCACUACUUUAAUCGCAGUUGCUAUCAUCGAGGCUUGUUACCAGCAAGGGUGAAGCCAGCGGGGGACAUUACUGAACUCUGAAAAUGAAGAAAAGAAAACUGAACUCUGAAAAGUGAAACCUAACUUUCCUCUCACCUCGAUGUUCGAAAAUCCUCUGCCAGUCCGCCGCUCUCGCUCGUCGGCUCCACUCCCGGCACUCCGUCUCUCCGUCCGUCGAUUCGCCGCCGUCGCUGCUUCGUGAUUCACUGCUUCGUCCGUUCGUCGGCUCGUCGCUGGACUCGCUGCUCUCCAUUCGACUUCGCUCACUUCGCUAAAUUGCUAGACCCAAUUCACGUGACAAUAUGACCAGCUAUCUAUGGAAGAAGUAUGCAGAUUAUGUGUACACCAAAUGGGAAAGAACAAUUUUGUGGGAUAUGAUUGAACCUUACAGACGGCCUAAAUCAUUUACGCCUCUUGUCACUCUUUAUGUUGCUGCUUUCUACACUGGAGUUAUUGGAGCAGCAAUCACGGAGCAACUCUAUAAAGAAAAAUAUUGGGAAGACCAUCCAGGAGAGACAGUACCUCUGAUGAAACCUAUGUUUUAUGGUGGUCCAUGGAAGGUAUACAGAGGGGAGGUUCCAGUCUACCCCAGUGACAAACCCAAGUAAAAUGAGAACGAAAGUUGAGAUAUCAUAACUCUAUAUUCUUGGAGCAAGAUUACAUGCCUGAGCUUAACUUUUACCUUCUCAACCCUCCUCAGUUUUCUUUUAUCUUUGUGUUUUACAAAGUAGCCUUAGAUGGGUGACAGCAUCUUCGAGGUAUCUAUAUUGUUGUACAUAAAAAGGUACGAAGUACCAUAUCUACAAUGUGUGAUCACUCUUUUUGGAAUGAAUUUCAUAUAUUUGAUGUGCAUCAAAUAA